CCAAUUUUCAAAGCAAAGAGAAGUUGGAGGAACACUACAAAGAAACCAUAACCAAGAGAAUCUGUUGAAGCCAAGCAAAGCUUAAAGCUUAAAGAGCUAAGAGAGCAUUUAUCAUCAGGCCACUUCAUAUUCUUGAGACUUAAAGAAGUUAGCUUUGUGGCUGCUUUUGUUUAUUCUGCUUUGGUGCUUUGUAGAAUCUAUACUCUUAGCACAAGUUUCUUUACUAUAUUGUUUCCUUUUCAGUAUUUCAGAAAAAAAACAAGUCCAAAGACUCAAGUUUAAGAAGGAAUCAUCUUUUCAAAUUCAGUACGAUGGUUGGUAUUUUCUCCAGAUUUUCUGUUGGUAGAAGUGGCCAUAGAAGAACUCAGAGUGCCAUCGAUAUGAGGGAAGCAUUGCCAUCAAGUACUACUGAUCUUGUUGGUUCAACUCAUGGGAUAGAAGUAGCAACAGAGUUUAAACCAGUGGAACACCCUAUCGAGCCCUUGGACAUUGAUCAACCGAUCCAAUGUCCACUCCGCGAGCCAUCCAUUCUCAAUGAUGGGAUAAUAUGGAAAGAGAGAGUGUCGGCGUCCAUGAGGAGACGAGGCGACUUGGACAUUGCUCAAGAUGGAACUGAUGUAGUAGAAUCUGUUGGAACCAGCUGUGGUCCCACAGAACCUGAUGGCUUUAUGACAAAACCGUCGGUAACUAGCCAAUGCAAUCCCAAGCGUCGAUUCUUGCCUUCGCUCAGUGCACCGGAACGUCACAUGCUUAAUCUACUAGAAGAAUGCAAAGCAUCCGGUACUAUCUAAGAACCAAUGCUGGUCUGGUCUACGCACUUUUUUAUUCUGUGUAAGAACAAAAACCAAAUCAUAUUGAAUGUUAACACUGUAUCUUGCGUCACAAGCUACACAAGUUUCCUUCAUUUCCAAGUUA